GCGAGUCUUUAUAUAUCACCCGGGGAGCUUUCGAUCCUCCCUUAGUUUCGAUUUCCCCGGCCAGAAUGGACAAAGUCUUCUGUUUUAGGAAUUUCGAGAUGGGGUACCUCAUAGUGGCCGUCAUCACAUCUGCUCUCAUCUCAUUCUGCCAAGGCAUUCAGCAGAUGGACCCACGAGCGAUCAGUAGGUCGGAUAUCCUGGAGGAGGCGAUGCUGUUGGGCCUGGAGGUGGGCGCCAGCGACGGGGUCGACUCCGGGCGGAAACGAAGCGGGAAGGCCUCGUUCAACCGCGCGGACCUCUGGUUCGGCCCCCGGCUCGGCCGCAAGAAGCGCAACUCCGAGGAGGAGCUCGGGCCCGAGAUCCCAGACAAGGACGAGGAGUCCAUCCUCGAGUUCAUCAAAUCUUCCUCGCCUUGGGUCCUCAUCCCUCUUAAGGAAAAAGCCAAUACGAGGAGUAUGAACUACACACCCCGCCUAGGCCGAUCGUCGAAAGAGGAAGAAGAAGACUUCAUUCCUGAAAUCACCCGCUCCACCCCGUUCGUCCCGCGACUGGGGAAACGCAGAAAUAAUCAGAUCUUUUCUCCAAGGCUGGGCCGUAGCGAUCUCUACUACUCACCACGGUCCCUCAGGAGCGCCCCUCCGAAACAACAACAGUAACUCGAUUUAAACGGUGAAAUCCCCGUCAGACCCCUGAAACGCGCAUUGCGCGCAUUUUGUGGAAAAUCGCAAUCGAAAUAUUUCGUUGAUGAUGAUUCGACGUGACAGCCACACAUCGAAAAUUCCGACGUUUCCCCCGACACUUGUUUCUUUAAAAUCGGCUGAAAUGAAGCCAUUGGUCGGUUAAAUCUCAUAAUUUGUUUGUUAUGAAUAUGUUUAGAUGUGCAUUGAACGUAAGGAACUUGAGAUUUUUGAACAGUUCAAAAUUGGAAAUCGAUGACUAAAAAGGAAAAAUGCGUAUAUCUGCAUUGCAAUGUCUCAAAAUCUCGGGCUACGCUCUAUUUUUUAUUUUAAGGGGAACACAACCAGUAUAUAUCCUUGGAAUGUUCUGAGACUAAUGUUCAAAUGAGUGAAGAAAAUUCACAGAAAAUUUCAAGAAAAACUGUCGGCUAGGUUUCUUUUGAAAAAGUAAAACUUGAGCGAGGCUUUAUGAAGUAGCAAUCGUACGCACUUUCCGAGUACAGCCAUCGAAAUGCACUGCUAACAAGUACACUCGUUGACUUCCUUAAUUCGUAAAAUGCACAUUUUAAAAUUAUCUGUUAAUUUUAAUAAUUUUGUUAAUUUCAUACUUACAAAUUUUAUAACUUCCUUACGUGCAUACCAUUGUUCCAUCGUUAUCAACAUACUUUCAUCUGAUUUGUCUGAUGAACAUAAAUGCGACUAUUUGUUGAAUGGUAACAAUUGGAAUAAUAUCACCGUUAUAUCGCAAUGACGUCGCCCCCGGCUAUUUCAUAGUGCAAUUUUACUUAUUGCUAUGAAUUCAUGAUACUCAGUCAAACUUUUAAAAAUAUAAAAGUAAAAUUCUUGAUCACGUUGCAAAAUACGUCGAAAAAGAUUUACUGUAAUUAAUUAAAACCAUGUCCACUUAACCCUUAAUAGUGUCAGUUUUACUACUUGACGUUUUUGGAACUUAUAUAGUUACAUUGCCGCAUGACUGUGUUCUUAAAAUAUCAAAAGCACAAAUAAAAUACCUUAAUUUGACAGAGUGAAAAUUACACAUUAAGUUACUUUCACGAGAAUCCUUUCCGCUUUUUGCUAGUUGACACCUUGACUUCCAUCUACCGUAAGUCCCAUCGAACCAAAUUAAUUUGUUAUUUUACUGUUUGAUACAUUUAGAUACUUUAAUGAAGCUUCUUUUGUAAAUAGGCUUAAUAAACUCAUUAUAAAAGUUAA